UACGCGAUCUAACAAUAGGUGUCCGUGGUUUGAUAUUGGAUGGAGAGAGUGGGGGUAGCUGGCAGCCAUAUUGGCUACUGGUGCUACUACUGGACUUUUGAGAGAAAGUAAAAAAAUAACCACACUUUUUUCAUAAUCUACAUUAAGAAAAAAUGUUGCGUUGCAGGAUUUUUCAUUGACCUUGUAAAUUUUGUUUAGUCUGCGUGAAUACAAAAGUGGUGUAACCUGUGAAUCUCUAUAAGAGUACACCCCUUUUAAAAAAAAAUGAGUUUCUUUGGAUUCGGUCAGUCUGCUGACAUAGACAUUACUUUGGAUGGUGCAGAGACCAGAAAGACAGCGGAUAUCAAAUCUGAGGAUGGCAAGAAAGAACAUCACUUACUUUAUUAUGAUGGGGAGGCAAUAUCAGGAAAGAUUACCAUUAGUUUGAGAAAAGCUGGUAAGCUAGAACAUCAAGGUGUUAAAGUGGAAUUCAUUGGGCAGAUUGAAUUAUACUAUGAUAGAGGUAAUCAUCAUGAGUUUAUUAAUCUGGUAAAAGAGUUAACCAGGCCUGGUGAAUUAACUCAUAAUACUGUAUAUACCUUUGAAUUUGCAAAUGUUGAGAAGCCUUAUGAAAGUUAUACUGGUUCUAAUGUGCGGCUUAGAUACUUUCUCAAAGUGACAAUUGUUCGAAGACUUAGUGAUAUUGUUAAAGAACUUGAACUAGUUGUGCAUACACUUAGUUCCUAUCCCGAUAUGAACAAUCCUAUUAAAAUGGAAGUCGGAAUAGAAGACUGCCUGCAUAUUGAGUUUGAAUACAACAAAAGCAAAUAUCACUUAAAAGAUGUUAUUGUGGGUAAAAUAUACUUUCUAUUGGUCAGAAUUAAAAUUAAGCAUAUGGAAAUUGCUAUUAUAAAACGAGAAACAACUGGUUCUGGGCCACAUACAUUUACAGAAAAUGAAACGAUAGCUAAAUAUGAAAUUAUGGAUGGUGCUCCAGUACGUGGAGAAUCUAUACCUAUUAGAGUAUUUCUAGCAGGAUAUGAUUUAGCUCCCACAAUGCGUGAUAUUAACAAGAAAUUCAGUGUUAGAUACUUUCUCAACUUAGUUCUAAUGGAUGAGGAAGAUCGCAGAUAUUUUAAACAGCAAGAAAUCACUUUAUGGCGUAAAGGUGAAAGAAGUAGAAAAUCUCAAACGGCGUCUCCACAUAUGCCGUCGCAUUUAGUGUCAGCAGAAACAGGAUUUCCACAAGGUGCUGCACAAAAUGGACCACCAUCAGUGAUAACAACCACUGAUCAAUUAUCAACUAAUGUUAAAAGUAUAGAGGAAACUCCAGCUCCUAUGGAAGGUAUGACACGUGAGGAAGGAGAUGGAGAAGGAGAGAAGGAAGUAAAUCCAGAAAAUAAUUAAAUUGUGGAAAUAAUUCAGUUAUAACUGAAAUUAAUAAGUAGUGGACUAUAUGAAAAAAUCAAGUACAUCUAAAACAGUGCAAAUGGAUAAAUACUUUCCACAAGAAUUUUUCCUUGCUCUGGAGUAGGGACAGUUUUAGUAAACGAAAAUGACAAAGCUGCGAAUAAAGUUGUAAAUAUUUUUAAUACAUAUAUAUAAAUAUAUAUAUACACACACAUAUAUAUACAUAUAUAUAUAAAAUUAAGAAUGUGAAAGAAGUAAGUGCAGACUAUUGAUUAAAAGUUGAAAACUAUUGAAAUAUAUAAUAUACUAGUCCUGUCUGUUUGGCAGGAUCAACAUAAAAGUUUUAUUGGAAAAGAGAAAAGGAUGGUAGAGAAAAAGCUGAACAGUGAAAGAUAAAACUGGGAAAUAGAAAUGUUAAUAAAUGGACAAUAUAAUAAUCAAAUAUUAAGUGGUCAACAUUAUUGAAGGGCAUCUGAAUAUUACAGUGUUCUAUUUUAUACAAACCUUCUAUAUUAUACAAAUUGCAUCCUUGAGCUAUAUAUUAUUCCUUGAAUCUGAAUAAUCAUCAUUGUAUAAAAGGAUUUUGUAAAUCUGAGAACUAUAUUGACACUGGCACAAAAUGGUACUCAAUUCAUUUGGCCUCUCAUCAGCAUAUUAUGUACUUAUACAGAGUAUUUUGAAAAUUAAUGCCUAUAAAUAGUCUCAGAUUGUUAUAAAUUUAUUUAAAAUUAUAUUUAAAUUAAAACUUUUUUUUCUUUUUUAAUAACAUUGUUUUUCUAAUAGCAUAGUUAAUUAUAAAAAUGAAUAUAAAUACAAAAAGUUAUUAAUUUAUUUAUGUAAAAACAUUUUAAGUUUAUAUAUAAUUAAUUUACAAUAUUCGUGACUAACUAAAUUUUGCAAUAAAAUGUAUUAAUUUUCAGAAUGCUCAGUAUAUGAUACAUCUGAUAUUAAUUAUAAUUCAAAUUAUUAUAAUCUCAUAUAAUAUGCAUCAAUUUCUUAUGAUCUAAAAAUUGAUAUAAAAUUCAAAUUAGUUACAGUAACAUGCUAUUAACGCUCAUUGUAAUGCCGAUUUUUAAUUUUUGCAUUUUAAACUUUAAAAUCAUGUUCCAUCAUAUAGCAUAUAUGACUUUUUUACAUGAUUGUAUAACAUGUUUUUACAUGAUUGUUUUAAUUUUAAUUUUGUUAUAACAACAUAAUACUAAUUACAAGCAGCAUUUAUUUGACCACCCUGAAUUGUACCCAUUUAUUAAAUUUUGGCAUAUUUGCUCAAUUUUUGUAUGUCUUCUUGGAUGAGAAGAAAAAUCAAUUAUAAUAAGUAUGAAUAAAAUAGAUGGUUUUGCCUUGUGUGUUUUUGCACAUAUUUGAAAUAUCAAAUAAUGCAGUGGGAAAACUUUAUUUUAUAAUUCAGUUUCCAAAAUUAAAAGUUUUUUUUAAAAGAAAAAAAAUAUUUGAUCUUAUGUAAAAAUUAAUAUUAUUUGAUGAGUUUGGAUUCUGAAUCCAUAAUAUGAAAGUUGCCACUGUUUUAUAAGAUGUUAUGCACAGAACUAUGUGUUUGUGCAUAUAUAAAUAAUUUUUAAUUGUAAAAUUAGUAAUCAAAUAUUUGUAAUUAGUAAAAAAUAUGAAAGAGAUGGGAAAGAAUUCUAUUACAGCUGUAUAAUAAAAGUUGAUCUACAUUGUGUAAUGAAAUAACAUAUACAACUCGUGGCAUUAUAUUUUACUUUUUUCUGCUAUUAUAAAUAUUAGUUUUGUGUAAGUUUCCAUUAGCAAACAUAAAAAAGACAAAAACUAUUUACUUUUUGGUAUUCACACUUUUCAAAGAUUUGAUCAUUUAGAUAUAUCUAACAGUGCUUAUUUAUAUAUUGAAUAUGUUAUUUCUUUAAAAUAAGUGUAUAGCUAAUAAUAGCCCACGAGAUUAUUAUUUGAUUAAGUAAAAUAUCUUCAUAUAUGUUUCAUUUAUGUUAUUGUAAAUAUGAUCUAAUUAUAAAAUAAUAUCCCAGUCUUUAAAAUAUAGUUAUGUUUGAUAGCAAUGUAUCUUUACAAAUGUAAGUAAUAUACCAAACUGUUGUUCAUAUUCUUCA